GUUAGUAUCGUGCGGUCGUGGCGCCACCGUCCUCCUCUCUCUCUCUCUCUGUCUCGCGCCGUCUUUCUCUCGCGCGUAGUGCAUUGUCUCGGAACGAUCAACGAGAUCACCCGGUUCCUCGCACGGAAUUACCGAACAUCGAAGACGAUGUGUUUUCGCGGAGUGUACGCUGUAUUGAUGUUUUUUUUUUGACCGCCGGCGAGUGCAGCUUUUGUUGACUGUUUGAGGUGUACGUUACACGUCGAGAGGAGCGCGUCGUGCACGCGGGGCACACGAUCAAACCCGUAUCGGGAGCAACAAGUGAGCACGUGGGGAAUACGCACCUCCGCCGUGGUGUCGUCGUCGCCGGUGAGUUGAUGAGAUUAUCACCGGGAGGUGAUAAUCGCUGGGGUGGAACGUCGAUGUGGCCGAUCGCGCGCGGGAAGAUCGGCACGAGCUGCACUUGGAAUGCGCGGAACAGUGGCGGAAUUGAAACGGGGUCACGUGGUAAAAACGAUCGUGCUGAAGUUACCCGAGCGGCCGGCCGUCCUGCGAUUCUCGCGAAGUGAACCGCGGCAAGUUCGUUGCGUACACGGCGAACUUGUAUGAACGUGCGCGGGUGGGAUCUCAUCUUACGGAAGAACUAUACGAUUCUGAAAGCCGUAAACUCGUCGAGAUUGCCUGCACCGACACGCUGUUCGCGAUCCUCGUUAGCUCGUGCGUCGGUGCGACGAGACGCACGUACCUGAAGGUCAGGGUGGACAUCGACGUGUAUGUGCAUGUGUGACACUGCUCUCGGGACACUGACCGAAAUGGACGCGCCAAUGGCUUUAGGAAUCACGUCGAACGGAGAGAGAAAUAUGACGAGCCGACUCGUCACGUAAGUUAGGGCUCGUAUCUGGAAUUGCGGGGACUCUCCUGGACCAUGGCUGCUGCGAGGAAGCUCGCGGACACUGUGACUUUCGUCGUCGCUGCUCUGUUGAUUCUACACCAUGACCUGCAUGCCGUUCAAGCGCGCGGAUUUAGCCGCCACCUCAAGAACGGCUCGACCUUAAAGAACAGCAGCCUCUUUCCGUCUAUAUUCAACGUCGCCGCGAAAGCAGAGAUUUACGUGAAUGCGACAUGCGGCGAGGAGGGCCCGGAGACAUUUUGCAAGCCCUCGGAAUCGUCGAGAUGCGCCGUUUGCGACUCCAGAAGUCCGGAUCCCGGCAAGCGACACAACAUCGUCAACGUCCUGCGUCUAAAUUCUGGCAAGUGGUGGCAGAGCCCGACGUUGGCCAGAGGCAACCACUACGAGUAUGUGACGAUUCUCCUGGAUCUCAAUCAGGUCUACCAAGUGGAGUACGUGAUAGUGAAGGCUGCGAACUCGCCCAGACCCGCCGCCUGGAUUCUAGAGAGGUCCUUGGACAAUGUGAACUUCCUCCCCUGGCAGUAUUACGCUCCGAGCGACGAGGAAUGCUGGUCGAGAUAUUCAACGCCGCCCGUUGGAAACAAACUCGGUUUCUUCAACGACGACGAUGUCAUAUGCACCAGUCAGUACUCCAAACCGAUCCCCAUGGAGAACGGCGAGAUCCAUACGCAACUAGUGAGCGGUCGACGCGGAGCCCUGAGUCACAGCUCGACUCUGUUGGAAUUCACCCAGGCCAGAUACGUCCGGCUGCGUCUUCAGGGGCUUCAACGCAGCGGCGAGUCUUCCGCCGACAAAAGGCAAGCCUUUUACUCCAUAAAGGAAAUCAACAUCGGGGGACGGUGUCUGUGCUCCGGACACGCGGCGCGAUGUCGAUACAGCGUGCAUCACGGGCAUCAGAAAUGUGAGUGCGAGCGCCAUACGUGCGGCGAAAGAUGCGAAAAAUGCUGCCCCAUGUACAAUCAGAUCCCGUGGAGGCCCGGCACCGUCGAUAAGGGUUUCCACUGCGAGAAAUGCAACUGCAACGGUCAUGCAACAUCCUGCAGAUACGACCAGGAAGUGGCCAGGAGGAAUAUGUCUAUGGAUAUUCACGGGCAGUACCGAGGCGGCGGCGUGUGCGUCAAUUGCUCGGAGUACACGACCGGAAUCAACUGCGAAAGAUGCGAGAUCGGCUACUACAGACCGAAUGGUGUCACAUCUGAUGCAUCGGAACCGUGCAUGCGCUGCAACUGUAACGUGCAUGGCAGCACCGGUUACUGCACUCCCGACGACUCGUAUACUCACAUGGGCAAGGUAGCAGGUGCCUGCGAGUGCAAGCCAGGCUAUUCGGGUUACAUGUGCGAUCAAUGUGCGGCGGGCUAUCAGCAAUUUCCCAAUUGCACGCCCUGUCCUUGCGACUCCCGUGGGAUCUUGCCGUCCGACGAUUGCGAGGGCGAAUGUCUCUGCAAGGCACACGUCGCCGGGGAAUUCUGCGACCGCUGCAAGCCCGGCUACUUUGCGCUCAGCAAAAAUAAUCUUGAUGGGUGCUCGCCCUGCUAUUGUUUCGGCGCGACUGAUCGCUGCACCGCCGCCAGUUUGUCGUACAGUAUGAUUUCCACGCUGGAGAACUGGUUGGUAACCGACAUGAACGCGUCCCGAGCAGUCGUUCCCACCUUGAAGACGGACGACGGAUGGUUAACUGUCACGGCCUACGAGGUCAGCAGCCCUUUCUGGCUGGCGCCGCAGAUCUACACGGGGAAUCGCCUGUCCUCAUACGGCAGCAAUCUCACAUACUCCGUUACGUGGGUCGUCAUACGAGGCGACAGCAGUGGUAAACCAACCAUCGGACCCAAUGUCAUCCUGGUUGGUAACAACGGAUUGCGCAUCGCGUAUGGCGAGGAACAAUAUAGCGGCGAUAAAGCGAAGAUCUCGGUGCCUCUGCGAGAACAUAACUGGUACCACGUUCGGGACGAGAUUCGAGACAUCCCGACGAGAUCAAGAAGAACCGAGUUUCGCGGCGAUCCUGUGACGAAGAUUCAGAUGAUGCGUGUUCUCGCUGAUCUGAAGUACCUGAUGAUUAGGGCACAAUAUCAUUCGGAACAAAUUGAAGGAAGUCUUCAAUCUGCCAUAUUGACAACGAGCGAAUUUUCGUCAGACGGCGAGACCAAUAAUCUAGUCGAAAUGUGCGAAUGUCCCAAGGGAUACGAGGGGUUGUCCUGCGAGAGAUGUGCUUGGGGAUACGCAAAAGUCGCCACCAACAGUACUCCUUUCCAAGAUAAUCAUUUAUGUGUAAAAUGUGACUGCAACGGUCACGUGGAAUCCUGCGAUCUCUUAAUGGGCGAGUGCGGGACGUGUUUGCAUCAUACGGUGGGCCCCAAAUGUGACCGUUGCGCUAUAGGAUAUUACGGUAACGCGUUAAUGGGCACUAACGAAGACUGCAAGAAAUGCGCGUGUCCAUUGUCCAUCGAGACCAACAAUUUUAGUCCGAGUUGUCAACUUGAUGAUCCCACUGAUAUUAAUAGUGGAUACGUGUGCACGCAGUGUCCCGAAGGAUAUACCGGGGAUCAUUGCGAAAGUUGUGACGUAGGAUUUUAUGGUAAUCCUUUGACUCCCGGUGGCACUUGUCAGCGGUGUCCCUGCAAUGGCGGCGCUUGCGAUCAAGAGACAGGUCGCUGCUUGGAAUGCCGCGGCAACACUGAAGGCUGGAAAUGCGACCGAUGCAAAGAAGCUCACUACGGGGAUCCCUUGGAAUUGAAUUGCAUACCGUGCAAUUGUUCAAUUUACGGCAGCAAUUCCAUUCAAUGUGAUAGGACGACCGGUCAGUGUCCUUGUAAGUCUCUGUUCACCGGUCGCGACUGUUCCUCGUGCAUCGAGGGCUACGGGAACGUGACCGCAGGUUGCCAGGAGUGCGAUUGCGACGUGGGUGCCCCUGGUGGACUCUGCGAUCCCGUGAGCGGUGUAUGCAGGUGCGCACCAGGCGUGAUCGGCUCCCGGUGCAACCACUGCGACGUGGACCAUUACGACUUGGCAUCGGACGGCUGUAAGAGAUGUGGCUGCAACAAUCUGGGCUCCACUAGCUCCGUCUGCGACAUCGUGUCGGGUCAGUGUCAGUGCAAGCCACAGGUCGUCGGCAGACGAUGCAAUGAGUGCAAGAUUGGUUACUGGGGAUUAGCAUCGGGAACAGGCUGCGCGUCUUGCAAUUGCGAUCCUAUGGGAUCCCGCAAUGGGUCCUGCCACAGCAACACGGGACAAUGCUACUGCAAGCCGGGCGUAGGCGGUUCGCGCUGCGACACUUGUCUAUCUGGAUACUACGGAUUCUCGGCAAACGGAUGUCAGCUGUGCGAUCCAUGCGUGCGACCCGGCCACGUGUGCGACCCCGACACCGGCCGCUGCGUGUGUCCCAGCCUGACCUACGGCGAGCACUGCGAUCGGUGUAGGCCCGGCGCCUGGGACCUGGUUCCACGGGUGGGCUGCAGGCCCUGCGCGUGCACCCUUGGCGCCACGCGACCACAAUGCGAUCAUCAGGGCCAAUGUCCGUGCAGAAUCGGCUACGACGGGCUCAGGUGUGAGAGAUGUUCCAAGGGCUAUUACGGUUAUCCCAGAUGCCGGCCGUGCAGCUGCAACGCGGCCGGCACCAUGCAGUGUCGGGACGGAGUCUGCGAAUGCGACGACAAAGGACAGUGCCCGUGCAAGGAACUGGCGGUCGGGCGACAGUGCGAUCAAUGUAAGGAAGGCACGUUCGGCCUCGCGGCGGAUAAUGCGAGAGCAUGCACCGAGUGCUUCUGCUUCGGAAGGAGCGCCCUGUGCCAUCAGGCUAGACUCAGCUGGGGUCAACGCAGGCUGACGCAUCCUCGUGUUCUCUACGUCAACGGAACCCACGACAUUACGAUUACGAACUUCGGUUUCACGACUGUACUGCCGGCGGUGAACGGCGGCUUGAAUGUGACGAACGGCCUCACCGUAAUCCCCGGAUCUGACGGUGACGUUACGUUACCCUCGAGUCUCUAUUACAAUUACCCUUUGUAUUGGAGACUGCCAGAUUCGUUUCUAGGCGAUAAGGUUGUCUCGUACGGAGGAUUUCUGCGCUUCAAAGUCGCAACAGAAGGUGGAAUGCCCAUGAGAUCGAAUCUUCUGUAUCCCCUAGUGCAGAUGCAAGGAAACAACAAGAUUGUGUUGGAGUAUUAUCUACGCGAACCAAUGAGCAAUAAUCGUUAUGAAGUCAGAUUCCACGAGUCGCUGUGGCAAUUGCGAAACAGGCCAGAUUACAAGGUCUCUAGGGAGGUACUGAUGGUAGCGUUGCAAAACCUGCAGCACAUCCUCAUCAAAGCCUCGGACAACUCGGACUUCCCAAGAAACACAAGAACCAAUUUGUCGCCCAUCUUACCCAUCUCAUUCAGACUUUUGGAGGCAUCUCUGGACGCUGCCGUCCUCACGCCCACACACUCGCCAUCGCUGGCGAUCGGAGUGGAGAUCUGCGAAUGCCCACCGGAAUACAACGGCACUUCCUGUCAAGACCCGAGCUUCGGCUAUUACAGGUGGCACAUGAACACCACUGCCGUGUCCACCGUCGUGGUCGAUCUCGUCGGGCAAGCCAGACGCUGCCAGUGCAACGGUAGAUCCGAUGUGUGCGACAGAGAGACGGGAUAUUGCUUGAACUGCCGGGAAUACACUAUCGGCGCAUACUGCGAAAUUUGCGCUGACAGUUUUUACGGCCAUCCGGAAUUCGGAGGCUGCAGGCCGUGUCCAUGUCCGCAGGUCGACAAAAGAUUCUCGAGCACCUGCGUGGUCUCAGCAGCCAUUGAGCCCAUCUGUCACUGCAAGCCAGGUUACACCGGCAGAAAAUGCGAGCGCUGCUCGUACGGCUAUUACGGCUCGCCCGAUCUCCCGGACGGCAAGUGCAUCCCGUGCAAUUGCAACUUGGCAGGAAGUUUGAGCGACGGCUGCGACGGCGAGACGGGACAGUGUAAAUGCCGGCCCGGUUCCACGGGUAGGGAUUGCUCCGAGUGCACGGCGUAUCGUCAUGUUUACAUAAACGACGUUUGCACUACUUGCGACGACAAUUGCACGGGAAUUCUGCUCGACACCGUCGAAAUGCUGUCCGCAAAACUGGCCGCGGAUACAAAUCACAUAGCGGACGGCUACGUUCUGCCCCCCUGGGAGGCACUGACGUACAUCGACUCCAACGCGACCCUGUAUUUCGGGGAACUGGAGCUGCGAGAUCGCUUGCAACAGAGAAUGAGGAAUGUACCUUGGCACAAGCACAGGAAACUCAUGAAUGACGUCGAGGCUAUGCUGAGAAACGCGAACACUUAUGCAAGACAAGCCGAUACGAUGAAGACAAGAAGCAGCGAUCUGAAGAACAACAUCUUCAGCGCGAUGAUUGAGGUCGAGAAGUUGCGCAAGAACAUUGAAGAUACGACUUUGCAACUCAAUCAGUAUAGCAACGACAACAAAAGGAUCGGUAUCAGGAAGGCCCUGAAAACCGGCAAGAUGAUCCUGAAUUAUCUUAAGUCUGUUGACAUCAGUAAGAGAACCAUGGAAGUCGAGGACUUUCUCGACGAGGUUGCUGAGUACGUAGCAUGGCUAAACUCUCUUCAAGAUGUGACAGAGCCGUUGGCAACCGCUCAGGACGACGCCGAGGAUUACGCGGUGAAGUUAAAGGAUAUAAGAACAGUGGUAGAAGGCACGAUGGAGACGCUAUUCACUUAUGACGGCUUGUACAACGGCAUCAACAGAACAUUCGUCGACACUAAAGAGCAAUGUGCUCGUAUCGGCAUGCUACACGACGAGACGAAUAAAUCAAUCGCCGAAGGAGAAGAUCUCGUGGACCAAGCUCGCGGCUUCCUCAUCGACGCUGAGAAUAAUAUUCAGGAUCUUCCAAGCCUGCGAGACAAACUGGCGCAUUGGAAGGAGAAGCUGACUAUGCGGGAAGAGAUCCAGUAUCGACUGAAUUACGAGUACAACCAGCAGUACGUGAUACCGGCGGUGAAGCACGCGAAGAAUCUGUCGAGCUACGCCGACCAGUACGUCAGCCUGUUCGCUGAAACGCGGGACAUCGCGGCCAGCCCUCUGAAGGCCAGUCAAGCCUACAAGAACAUCAUCGACGGUUUGCAAGCGGCGAAGAUUUCCGCGCAGGCAGCCAAGGCAACCGCUGAAGAAGUGCACGGAAAGGUUUUUCCCCCCUCAGGACAAAAGUCACUGUUGAACGAAGCUAAGGAGGUGUUUUUCAUGUCCUCACAGCAGUGGGAAACGGCGAAGGAACACGGUAAACUAGUCAAAAAGGCGAACGCCGAGCUUGAGGCGCAGAAACGGGCCGUGUAUACAUUGAAAGACACGUUGAACAACACCGGGAUCAAAGACAAUCAAAUCAACGUGAAACUACGAGAGCUUCAGAGCAGCAGCAAAAAAUUCCACGAAGAUGUACAAAAUAUCCUGGAUAAGAACGACGAAGUGAUAGAAUCAGUAAGGAGCGCCCAACGAUUGACUGACGAUUAUAAUCAGGGAAUCGCUGACAGACUAAAGCCAAAGUUAUACGAACUAAAACGUGAGGGGGAUUCGAAGAUCAGCUUAGCCAGCGAGAAGCUGACAGAGGCGCUGAGUAAUAUUAAGAAAGCCGACGCGAAGUUGAUAAGUUUGUCAAAUGCCGCGAUGAAGCGAAAAGCUGUUUUUGACAAAUGGAACGACACGUUAGCUACGAAGUUGCAGAAUCUCAAAGACAAGAUUGCGGAAGCUCGUAACACCGCCGACGGUAUUCGCGUUUCUCUGAAAUCUGUGGAGGGCAAGCAAUGUAUCCGUUCAUACAGACCGGACACAUUGCAACCUUCGGCGACCACCUCAAUCGUGAUGACAUUUGCGCUUCCAACCGGUCGCAGAGAAGGUUCUCUGUUUUACUUACCUAGUGGAAUAAACGACGACUACGUCGCUCUGGAAAUAGUUGACAGAAAAAUACGAUUUCUGUGGAACGUCGGCGGCGGUACAGGUAUUCUGACACAUCCUGAAGUCCUCGAAAGCGGAGAUCUGCAGAACGACACAAUCUGGUAUCGAGUCGAAGCUGAGAGAACUCGACACAUUGGUAAGCUGAGUGUGCGCAAGCAGAUAUCUACGUCCGGAAGGUAUUUGCCAGUCAUUAAUUCGACCAACUCUGAGUAUGGUCGUUUCGAUGUUCUACCCACGGAUCGAGUAUGGAUAGGAGGUAUUCCCAAGUCGCAGAGAAAGCCGAUGGAACUGAUCGCGCCCAAUGGUCUUCCGGGUUGUGUACAUCAGGUGAUCUUCGACGGAAAACAGAUCGGUCUGUGGAACUUCGUCUCCACCGCACCGGAUAUGGCCUGCACAGCCUGCGUGGAAGGGGUAGUAGACGCCAGGGACGAUGUUGCUUACAGUUUCAACGGCAAAGGCUAUGCCGUGAGAAAUAGAGUCUCGUCCGUUCCAUAUAGCAGAUAUUUGUUUGGAAUUUCCUUCAGUUUCCGAACGUAUGACGAGAACGCGUUGCUGUUUUUGGCGAUCAACUCAGAUAAUAAUCAGCACAUCAUGAUCUACCUACGCGAAGGUAGGGUAAUCCUCCACGUCGGCUACGGCGGGAACGUCAGUAUGGAGAUGUCGUCAACUUAUAAGUACAACACCGGCAACUGGACGAAAGUGGACGCCUGGAGGCAAUAUCAGGUGAAGAAGAAUAUCGAGAAGUGCAGUCUAAGCGUCGACACCGACGAUGACAAGCGGAUAGGCGCGCCCACGCCUCAACCUAAAAAGGAGGACAUUCCUGAUUUGGCGCAGGCCAAAUACUAUAUCGGCGGCUUGCCGCCAAGUUUCCGCACUGACGAUGUGAUAUUACCCUCCCAGGUAUCGUUCCUCGGAUGUAUGUCCAAUAUCAUAGUGCAAGAAGGUUACGACCCGAUGGCGGAACUAUAUUACGGAGUGGAGCCUAGUUGCCGUAAGAAGUCAUUGAAAACAGUCGGAUUUUACGGGAAUGGAUAUCUGGAGCAUCCCGCGUUUACUUUACGGAAGAAACACUCUGUUCUGAGUUUUUCCUUCAGGACUCUGCAAGAGGCAACUAUGUUACUUCUUUCCACGUUCGAGGGUAGCGAGGAUGGAUCAGGCAAUGCGAACCAAGAAGCAAAUAGUAAACAUUAUUAUUCCGUGUGUAUCAUCAACGGGCAAGUGCAAGUGCGCUUGAAUGCCGGCCAGGGCGAGUUGACUCUCCAAUCGAACAGCACUUUCAAUGACGGCCGAUAUCAUUCGGUUACUGUUAUUAAGAGAAGAAAAGAUGUAGAGCUGAGAACCGACGAUGCGUAUCAAAGCACAGGAAGAUUACCCACCAGUGCAGCCAUCAAGGCACCGAACGUAAGAGGGUUAUUCUUCGGCGGACUGCCGGCUCUCAUCAAUAACACCAAAAUGAUCACCAGCAACACACCGUUGUACGGUGCUAUCAAGGAUGUGAUUAUUAACGACGAAAUCCUCCAAUUCAACGAUGUCGUUAAUUUCGAUCAUGCUCUGAUUGGCCGUUCUGGACCGAGUAUGGGGAAAGAUCCGCCGAGCUACGUGCCCUCAGCAUCACUGUCUCGGGGGAUGUCCACACAACCCGAGGGAUGCCAAAAGGUGCCGUAUUACUCUUUGGAACCGGGUGCCUUGAAGUUUGGCGACAAGCCGCACAGCCACACACAGCUCUAUCUUAACUUCAAGAAGUUCUGGGAGAAGAAGUACAUGAUCGAGUUCGACUUUAGAACGUAUUAUCCCAACGGGUUACUCUUCAUCACUCCGGGUCUGAGACUAAAAAAUUAUCUGAUGGUGGUCAUUCAAGACGGGCAGCUUGUUCUUUUGCUGAAAGGUAAACAGCAGAGACAGUUGUUGUUUAAGACACCGUUCAAUGACGGUAACUGGCAUCACGUCGUCCUCAGUCACGACGAGAGGAAGCUUACUUUAUUAGUGGACACUCAGACACCGCGUACUCUCAAAGUACCAAGGAGAGCCGGCCUAGCGUCUAUGAUGUACAUAGGCGGCCUUCCAGAGAAUGGAACGCCCCUUCCAGAUAAUGUGGUGACUAAACUAGAAACCCUGAAGGGUUGUAUCAGAGGCCUGCGGGUUAACGGAAACGUUUACGACAUGGUGGGCUCCACCAGUAGAGCCUUCAACGUCGGCCAGUGUUUUCCAAGCGUCGAGAGCGGCGCCUAUUUCCAGGACGAAGCGUACGCCAUUUACCAGAAAAAUUUCGAACUAGGUGCCGUGCUCGAGCUCCAACUAGAGUUCAGGACGUCAGAAUUGUCUGGCGUAUUGCUGUCGAUUAGCGCGCCCGAUGGUUCGCCCUCCUUGGCAUUGGAGCUCAACAACGGCAGGGUGAUCAUGUCAGGCGAUCUGGGAGAUAACAACCCGCUGUAUGUAGAGCAACGGUUCGCCAGUCCGUAUGCGAUCUGCGACAAUCGAUGGCACAGGAUUCAAGCGGUGUAUAAUGAUGAGGAGUUGGCGCUCAAGGUGGAUGAGUUGGAUCAAAAGUAUGGCCUGCCCACGAAGGCCAAUUAUCAUUUCGCGGACUCCACUGCCUACGGGCCCUUGUAUAUAGGCGGUAUACCAGCAUCCGCUCAAAAAGGCUCGCUGAUAACGCGAGAUCACUUCAAUGGGUGCAUCAGGAACGUGAUGAUAGGAGGGGAGAGACGAGAUUGGACGGACAUGGCUGAGCUGCAUAACAUCCAUUUGAGUUCCUGUCCAGUUCAAUGACAACGCGCGGUGGAAGAAAAGCACGAAUGAAGCUCAGCGUCCAGCGUUUAGUUCCAAAGACUGGUCGAGGAGUCGUGUCGUGAGUUCGCGAUAGCACUGGGAUUAACGUGCCAUAUUCGCAUGCGGACAAGCUCUUAACAUAUUGCGGACCGAUGACAUGAAUCGACGUCUUUAGCUUUUUAUAGCAUUGAUAAGCAGAAACGCCGAUUCACAUUUCCAAGGAAGGAAUAAAAUGCUGUUUAUUUGUAAAUUCUCUCUUGGUAAUGAUAUAACAAUUAUAUUUUACUAAAAAAAAUAUUUGUUAACUGUAUAUUUCAAUUCUUAAUAAAACAUUACGUCUACGUAUGCGGCCUGCAAUAUGUUAAGAAGUAAGACUUAAACAAAGCCAAAAGAUGCUAAACUGUAGAUCGUUUCGUUAAGCUAAAUGUCUUAUAACUCGUGACAGGAUGAGAAAGACCGUGCGCGUCGGUCCUAACCCAAUAAACAAACGGUGGCACGAAAGAGUUUUUCAUUGUACGCGCCCACACAAGUACACAUACACACAUACACAUACACACGCACGUACACGUGUAUAACGUAUAUUAGGCGGUAACGUUUUCACGAGUAAGUAGCGAGACCACUGCCAUAAAUAAUUUAAUUGUUCGUAAGUCGCCAUAAGUCAAGCCAGACAAUUUGUACAUCAGUAUUUAAAGAAGCCAUUAUUUAUUAUCGUUAACGCGAAUCCGACUUUAUGAACGUCUUGUUGGCGGAAUAGCGAGUAGAACAAAAAGCGACUACGUUUUGUACUUUUAUAACAAUAGUAAGACUUCUCCGAUAUGUAAGCGUAUUAUCGGAUUUAUCGACAUCGUGCUGUCGAACCAGAUUUGAUUCGAGAGAUGUCAUGAGACACGCAAAUGUGUGCCCUGUUAAAAAAAAGAGAAAGAACAAGUGCCCUUUGAUCGCGCACACGAAAAAACAAGAUCUUCAAGGGGAAAUAUUUUUAAUAUAACAUGCGUCUCGUAGUCUCAAUAAUCUCUCUCGAUGAAUUGUAAUAUAUAUAAAUAUAUACAGACGCGAAAAUUAACAAAUAACGCGCACCUAAGAUGUGCAGGCUCGUUCUGUUCUUUAUAGAACAUAUAUAAACGAUGAAAGUACAA